AUGGCACUAGGACCCGCAGACUCUGGCGGUAUUACCUUUGACGUCGCAAACACAUUCGCUGUGUGGAUUGAGGUAUUCUUAUAUGGGGUCUACGUUACACUUUUUGUAUCUGCGAUUACUGUGAUUCUCAAGAAGAGGGCCACCGCACGAAUGGAGUCCGCUCAUAGCGCUUGGAUAUUCCUCAUCUGCGUGAUCUUAAUGUUCAUGGUCGCUACACUGCACCUCGUGAUUAAUGUGUAUCGAUUCCUUCGAGCAAAUAUCUUGGGAGUCGAUCCAGCAGGUGCUCUCCAUUACUUUUUUGACAGCACACGAUGGGAAAACAUUACCGCCAAUGCGAUAAUGUGCGUUAUGUCAUGGCUUGGAGAUGCUUUAGUGAUAUAUCGAUGCUAUUACGUCUGGGACUGUAAUUUUUGGAUAGUCGCCUUGCCACUAGUGCUCUUCUUUGGCACUAUCGGCAUCAAUUCUAGCACUCUAUAUUGGUUCACACAUCCGUACGAUACCCAUCUAAAAGUGCCCACCAUGAUAUCCCUUCUCAACGCCAUAUUUCCGUUGGCACUUACUCAGAACGUGCUAACGACGGGCUUGAUAGCCUUCAAGAUCUGGCUCCAACACAAGGCCUCAAGUCGGUCGGGAGUCGUGGAUCGUGGAUCUCGGCUCAGCUUGAUACGAAUUUUAAUCAUUAUUAUUGAGAGCGCAAUGGUGUACACUCUCCAGCUCCUAGUGGUCAUUAUAUUGUACUUCAAGAAAAGCAAUGCUCAAUUCAUCGUCCAGUCUGCAAUUGUCCCCAGCGUUGGAAUUGUUUUCGUGCUUAUAGCUGUUCGCGUUCACGUCGCCAAAUCACAGAGCGUUUUCGGUACCGGUCUCGGUACUUUACCUGCCUGGCUAGAUGAAGACACCAGUGAUAGCGAAAUGAAUGGGGACCGAUCCUCUUCCCCUGUCGCGGGUGUGACUUUCAGGGUUUCUACAAACGAUCAGGACCGGUAUCACCCUUCGGAGCCGCUGGACUCGUCAUCGUAUACCCAAAAAAGUCAUACAGGAGACAAACUUCUACACAUGGGGUAG